AAUACCAUUCCUAAACAUUAUCACAAUGGUUCUACUCAAAGCUGUGUUCGUUUUUCUGUUAGUCAUCUUUUCGAAUUGGGUAGUUGUUUCUAGUGAAUUCGUCAGUGAAAAGACCGCUGAAUAUGUCACUAAAGAUGAGAUGAACAAGGUGCUGGAACUAGUGAAAAUUCAGGACCAAAGAAUAUCUGACCUAAAGACUGAAAUGACAAAGAAAAAUAUGGAGAUAAAUCGAUUUGACAUAAGAGUUGCUGAGCUAGAAAUGCGUGUAUUGGAACAGUCAAAGAAAAUUGCAGAAUUAGAAGCAAACGACAAAAAUGAAAUUGAGCAACUGAGAGGAACUGAAACUAAAUCGCAGCACACUUCGGGUGCACAAUUAGCUUAUUCUACUUCCAGUUAUAGAGUAGAUCAGGAACAUAAAAUCAUAGAAGGUGAAUCGACUGGCAACGAGAUGAAACAAAGAGAUGUAGCGACCGGGCAUUACCAAAGACGAUCAAUACAAGCACAAGUGGCAUUUUCUGCUUACUUGUCUCAUUUUCAAGAUCAUUUAGGACUCCAUCAAACUAUCAAGUUUGACAAGAUAAUAACGAAUGACGGAAAUGCUUACAAUGCAGUGACUGGAAUCUUCACCGUUCCAGUAACUGGAACAUACGUCUUCAUUUUCUAUAUCAACUCGUCUAAUUCAAAUGUUGUGUUCCGUUUGAUGGCCAAUAAUGCCCUUAAAGCAUCCGGUGUUUCAAGACCAGCUGUCCUUAAUCAAAUUAAAGAUGUUCAAGGUGGAGGCAUGGUUGUUCUACGUUUGAAUCAAGGUGUUGCCGUUUGGAUUGAGAACGCGAAUGCAGAUUCUAUAGUUUACAGCACCGACGAAAACAGAUGGGUCACAUUUUCUGGUUUUCUUUUAUACUAAAAUUUAGUUGAUAUAAA